AUGAAGCACACUAAAGCUCUUCCCCAGCUAGUCGGUGACAACUAUGCGUAUUGGAAGGUGCGCACACGCACUCAUCUCAAAGCACAAGGUGAAGCAGUAUGGUGUAUCAUUGUAACAGGCUGGGAACAUCCAACCAAAGCCAGUACCACUGAGGAUGAAACUCGAGUGACGAAACCUGAAAAUGAAUGGACCCAAGCUCAGAAAACAAGUGCUGGACACAACGAUAAGGCACUAGAUAUUAUUUAUGGGCUAAUUCAUGAAAGUCAAUUCCCUAUUGUUGCUGGUCAUGAUUCAGCUAAAGGCGCAUGGGAAGCACUAGAGGCUACCUACGAAGGCACAUCGUCGGUAAAACAAUCGAAACUGCAACUGGUACAAUCAGACUUCAAGGAGCUCCGGAUGAAUGAAGAUGAAACCAUCGUGACCUUCCACACUCGUGUGCAAGAGCUAGCAAAUCGAGCUAUGGUCCUCGGAGAACCAUUCACUCAAGAAAAGUUGGUGAAAAAAAUUCUACGAUCACUACCACCUCGGUUCCGGAUGAAAGUUACAGCAAUCCAGGAACAUGACAACUGGGAGAAAAAGACUGUGUCAAAAGGUUCACGAAACAAGAAUAUGCAAAAGGGGGCGUCAUCAUCUAAAACGAGUUCUAAAUCCGGUUCAUCAACCUUCAAGUCUUUUGGUUCACGUCCAGGGCAGUCCAAAGAGAAAUCCACCAGUAAAGGGAUCAGAUGCUAUGAAUGUGAGGGCUUCGGACAUGUACAAGCAGAGUGCCCCACCUAUCUUCGACGCAAGAAAUCAAUGUCAGCAGUUACUUGGAGUGAUGAUGACUCGGACGGUGAAACAGGAGGAUCUGAUUCAGACGAAAUUUCUGGUAAUUUUGUUGCCUUUACUGCACAUAUGGCUGCUGGACUGUGUCAUGAAGAUGUUGCUGACUCAGAAGGAGGCGAGUAUAAUUCUGCAGAAGAUUUAGAGUCAAGUGAAUCAUCUUUUGAAAUUGAGUUUAAUAAAUUGUAUCCCAAAUGGGCAGCACUAAGGAAAGAAAAUCGUAGAUUAACUAGUGAUAUAGGGAUUGUAACAAAUGCAAAGAAAGUGUAUCAAACUCAAAUAGCUGACAGGGAUCUACUUCUCAAAGAGGCAUUGGCCCGAGAAGAAAGACUGAAACAAGAGGUACAGACUCUGAAGCAGGAGCUGAACACCUACAAACGCCAAAUCCAAAUGAUGGAUACCACGUCUACUCUUGACGUGAUCCUUGAGUCUGGAAGAAAGACAUCUACAAAAUUUUGUCUAGGAUUCACAGGAAACAACUCAAAGUUAAAACAGUGUUUGUCAAAGCGUCAGGUCUUGGCCGAGGAGAUAUUCCAGAAUCCAGUACAACGACACAUCGCGUUGGUACAGUUACGGGGUCACACCAGACCGGAAUGCUACUACUUCUACAAGGAUCAAAGAAUCGAGAAGUUCAAACACAAGAACAUUCAACCCUUUACAAGACAAAUCUGGGUGAAAAAGACAGAUUAUAUCUCAUUCGUAUCUUUCCACUCUAAAAGUACAGGCCGAGAAGAAAAAUGGUACUUCGAUAGCGGGUGUUCACGUCACAUGACGGGAAAUGCUAAAUUUCUGAGUAACGUUAACACAAGCAAAGGUGAAGUUACCUUUGGCGACGGUAUAAAAGGACAAGUCACUGGUAUAGACACGCUAAACGUAGUUGGUCUGCCAAAACUGGAGAAAGUUCUACUAGUCAAAGGACUUCAUGCAAAUCUUAUAAGUAUAAGUCAACUAUGUGACCAGAACUGGAACGUGAGCUUCAACAAAAAUAGUUGCAGUGUCCUAGACAAAGCAAAUCAAUGUGUUAUGGAAGGUACAAGGAUCAAUGUAGAUGAAACUGAGCUUUGGCACCAAAAGCUAGGACAUCUAAGUUACAGACUUCUUGACAAACUUGUGAAAAUCGAAGGUGUUCGUGGAUUACCCAAGCUGAAAGUCAAACCAACCAUAUGUGGUGCAUGUCAAGCAGGAAAGGAUAAGUCUGAAACCCUCGAAGCCUUCAAAACUUUGGCAUUAAAACUCCAAAAAGAAAGAAAUGAGCCCAUCAUUCGAAUCCGAAGUGAUCACGGACGAGAAUUCGACAACAAUCUGUUCGAUACCUUCUGCAACCAAACAGGAAUCACACAUGAAUACUCAGCUCCGAAAACACCUCAACAAAACGGAGUUGUUGAACAGAAGAACCGCACAAUUCAAGAAAUGGGACGAGUUCUGCUCAAUGCCAAAGGACUACCUCAAAAAUUUUGGGCAGAAGCUGUGAACACUGCAUGUCACAUCAUCAAUCGGGUCUAUCUACGUCCAGGCACGAAUCAGACUCCGUAUACAUUAUGGAAAGAGUCUCCUAUGCCAUCUCCCAUGUCAACUCAACCAGAGCAAGAAACUGAGUCUGAGUCUGAAUCUGACACUGAUCAUGGUAACGUUGAUAUCCCUACUCGCAUCCAGAAAGCUCAUCCAAUACAAAACGUAAUUGGAGAUCCUAGUUUCGGCGUAAAAACCAGAGGUAAACCGAAACGUGAUUACCUUCAAUUAGCAGGAUAUUCUUGUUAUACUUCACAGAUCGAACCGAAGAAUGUCAAAGAAGCUCUAACAGACGAACACUGGAUCAAGGCCAUGCAAGAAGAACUGGGGCAGUUCGAACGAAAUAAGGUAUGGUCUCUAAUUCCCAAACCUGACAAUGUCAAUGUUGUAGGUACCAAAUGGAUCUUUCGCAACAAAACCGAUGCAGAUGGCAACAUCGCUAGAAAUAAAGCGCGACUUGUAGCCCAAGGCUACUCCCAAAUUGAAGGAAUCGACUACGACGAAACUUUUGCCCCUGUUGCAAGGCUAGAGUCAAUACGACUACUCCUAUCGAUUGCAUGUGCCCUAAAAUUCAAGUUGUUUCAGAUGGACGUUAAAACAGCCUUCUUAAAUGGAUAUCUCUCAGAAGACAUAUACGUUGCUUAG